CCCCUCUCCUUCCUCUCCUUCCCUUUCAGCGAGCUUGUGCUGGGGCAGUGGGCUAAGUGCGUGUAUUGGAGGCAUUGUGCGGAGGUGAGCAAAUUGAUAACAACCCCACCCUUCCUCCGAUUCUGCUCUUCUCACGCUUUCCAAGUCUCCAAGCCUGUUUGGUUCUCUUCCCUUAUCUCUUCCCUUACCAGCCAGUGAAAGUCAGAGUCUUGGGGCUUUGCCGUCUCGCCAGCUCCAGAGAACGCCCGGCGCUCCUUUCUUCGCAAAGUCAAGACCCGGGAUCUCUGCGGCUGUGGCUCUGUGCGCAUCCAACCCACCUUCAGCGUCGCCGCUGGUCUUCUCUUGGCAGCUUUCCCGUUCGUCACUAUGGAUAAACUGGCUAAUGCAAACUCGCAGUUUGCUCUGGAUCUUUUCCAAAAAUUGAAGGAAGCCCACCCAACCGGCAACGUUUUCUUUUCUCCGCUCAGUUUAUCGUCCGCCCUGGCCAUGGUCGUCUUAGGGGCCCGGGGUAACACAGCCUCGCAACUCUUGAAGACACUUCAUUUUGAUGGUGUUGAAGACCUUCAUUCAGUAUUUCACACGCUCAAUGCUAAAAUUAACUGGAGCAAUGCACCUUAUAUUCUGAAACUUGCUAAUAGGUUGUAUGGAGAAAAAACUUUCAACUUUUUGCCUGAUUUCUUGACUAGCACCCAGAAUUUGUAUGGAGCUGAAUUAUCGACAGUGGAUUUCUCAAAUGCUCCAGACAAGGCAAAAAAGGAAAUUAACCAAUGGGUUGAACAGCAGACUGAAGGUAAAAUCCACGAAUUGUUAUCUGAAGGAUCCAUUAAUGAAAUGACUAAAUUGGUUUUAGUGAAUGCUGUUUACUUUAAAGGCAACUGGGCAAAGCCAUUUAAAGAAGAAGAUACUGAAGAGAAGCCUUUUAGACUAAAUAAGAGAGAAAAGAAGAAUGUGAAGAUGAUGUUUAUGAAAGAGAUACUUCCUUUUGGUUAUAUAUCUGAAUGCAAGUGUCGUGUGCUGGAACUGCCAUACAAGGGAAAGGAUCUUAGCAUGAUCAUCCUUUUGCCUGACAGCAUUGAGGAUAAUUCCACGGGCCUGGAACAGCUGGAGAAACAGCUUACUUUGGAAAAACUGCAAGAGUGGACAAAGCCCAAAAAUAUGAAUUCCGGCGCUGAAAUCCAUGUACAUCUACCUAAAUUUCAGCUGGAAGAAAACUAUGACCUUAACUCUUACUUUGCAGCAUUGGGGCUAAUAGAUGUGUUUGACAGUGGCAAGGCUGAUUUGUCUGGAAUGUCAGGAGCUCAGGAUCUCCAUGUGUCUAAAAUUGUCCACAAGUCCUUUCUGGAAGUAAAUGAAGCGGGCACUGAAGCAGCAGCAGCUACUGGUGUUACAUCUGUGCCUUACUGUCUGCUCAUGGGGAAGGAUUUUAAUGCUGAUCAUCCUUUCCUGUUUUUUAUCCGUCAUAAUCCAAUGAACGCUAUACUUUUCCUUGGUAGAUUUGCUUCUCCAUAAAGAAUUCUUCGUAAGUCAUAAAACUGACUGCCAGUCUCCUAACAAAUACGUAUGUCUGUGCUUGCUUGGGGGAAUUGCCAUGAACAAGUUCGGUUCCUCCAGACGUUUUCCAUCUUUGAUUUUCUUGACCUCCUGAGACAGUUAAUAGAUUUUGUGUAACACUUUGCUCUAAAGCAUGAGUCAUGCUCUGGCCAUGCCCACGCCCAGCUUACCAAAGGGGGAAAAAAGUCGUGAUACGUCAUGAUGCCAUGACAAUGUGAAUUUGACUCCCCUGCUUUAAAGGGUAGCCAUCUCUAAUUUAGGACAUUCAGCUGUGUUUGACUGCAGUUCCUUUAAUUUCCAGGUACCUAGGAAUUCUGGGGAUUGUAGUUUGAGCUGUCUAGAAGCCAUCAGGCAGCUACCGUGCAUUGUAUUUGUAAAACAAAUAACACAUGAUUUACUGGAAUAAAGUUGGCUUUCAU